AUGGCUUACAAGAUAAGUAACAUCUACGUCAUCACGGCUUUCCUAGUCAUCGGAGGCCUGCUGCAAGGCUUUGACAUAUCGUCUCUCUCAGCGAUCCUCAGCACCAAACCAUUCAAAGAGAGAUUUGACAGUCCGACCGCUGACCAGCAAGGCGGUAUUACUGCCAGCAUAUCUGGCGGCUCCUUCUUGGGAUGCCUAGUCAACAUGCUUGUCGUUGACAGGUUUGGUCGCAGGCAUACUUUGAUGGCAGGGUGCAUUAUUUUUGUGAUUGGCGCCAUCAUAUGUACGGCCAGUAUUGACAUAGCAAUGUUGAUAGUUGGCAGGCUACUCUGCGGCGGAGCAGUUGGCAUGUUCACCUCUACUGGGCCACUCUUUCUAGCUGAACUGUCGCUCCCGGAAACAAGGGGCCGUAUCUUGAGUUUCCAACAAUGGAGCAUUACUUGGGGAGCUCUCAUCAUGUACUACAUUACCUUCGGAACGUCAUACACAAAAUCGGAGGCGGUAUUCCGAGUGCCGUGGGCAGUACAAAUUUUUCCUGCCAUCGUGUUACUUACAGCGCUGUUCUUUAUUCCUGAAUCGCCACGUUGGCUUGCCUCUCAGGACAGAUGGGAGGAUGCUCUGGAUGUGCUCGCUAGCAUUCAUGGCCAAGGCAACCACCAAGCUCCAAUUGUGCAAGCGCAGUACGCCGAGAUUCGAGAAUCAAUGGCCGUUGCAGAAUCGCAAGGCCAAGUGAAAUGGGCCGAGUUGAUCCAUCGUGACAACAUCCACCGCAUUUCGAACGGAAUCUUCGUCCAUAUCUGGACACAAUUGAGCGGCAAUAAUGCAUUGCUAUACUACAUCGUGUACAUCUUCCAGAUGGCUGGUCUUACUGGCAAUGUCAAGCUCAUCGCAUCGAGCGUUCAGUACAUUAUUAACGUUAUCUUCACUUUGCCAGCCAUCUUCUUUCUGGAUCGCAUCGGUCGACGCCCUGCGCUUAUUGGAGGUGCAUUCUUCAUGAUGAUAUGGCUAUACUCUACGGCGGGCGUCAUGGCGCAGUACGGUCAUUAUGUACCCGGAGGCUUUGAUGGGUCAAGUGCGGUGACAUGGACGAUGAAUGACGGUGCACAGUCAGCCAAAGCUGCUGUGAUAGCGUUUACAUACCUUUUGGUUGCGACAUACAGUUUCACCUGGGCUCCAAUAUCCUGGUGUUAUCCAUCAGAGAUCUAUCCCAUUCGCCUAAGAGGCAAGGCCGUAUCGAUUGCAACGUCUGCUAACUGGAUUCUGGGCUUCGCCAACAAUUAUUAUACGCCCCCGGCUUUUCAAAAUAUCCAGUGGAAGACGUUCAUCAUUUUUGGCACGUUUAAUGCUGUUGCCUGUCUUCACGCAUUCUUCUUUUUUCCAGAGACUAAGCGAAGAAGCCUAGAAGAUAUUGACGAACUUUUCGCUACUGGUGUAAAGCCUUGGAAGUCUAGCACUCUGCCGAAAGCUGACAGACUUCACCAACUGGUGGAGGAGGCAGACAAGGGGAAGCUUCACGUCGAGGUGAAUGAAGCUUGA